AUGUGUGGAAUCUUCGGCUACUGUAGCUUCUUGAAGGAGAAGAAACGCCAAGAGGUGCUGGACGUCCUCUGCAAUGGUCUUCAGCGCGAAGAGUACCGUGGUUACGAUUCGGCUGGUCUCGGUGUCGAUGGCGACAAGCCCGGCGAGGUCCUUUUCUUCAAGGAAGUUGGCAAGGUUGCCGGCCUGCGCAAGAAGAUCGCUUCAUCGAGCGUUGACUUUGAGAAGACUUUCGUUUCGCAAGUUUCCAUCGCCCAUACUCGAUGGGCUACCCAUGGUCCUCCAUCGGAGAGGAACUGUCACCCUGUUGCAUCCGAUCCCACGGCAGACUUCCUCCUCGUUCACAACGGCAUCGUUACGAACGCCGGCGAGUUGAGGCUUGUGCUGCAAAAGCGCGGCUACACUUUCAGAACCGAGACCGACACUGAAGCUGCAGCCAUCCUCACCAAGUACAUUUAUGACUCUCAACCUGACAAGCGCAUCAACUUCACCGAUCUCGUCAAGGCCGUCUUGAAAGAGCUCGAAGGCUCCUUCGCGUUCGUCUUCAAGUCGAGGCACUACCCCAAUGAGGUCGUCACUGCUCGUCGUGGUUCACCCUUGCUCAUUGGUGUCAAGACUGACAAGAAGCUCAAAGUGGACUUCGUGGAUGUCGAGUUUGCUGGACAAACUGAUGAGAAUAAGGUCGAAUCUCUGCAUCAACCCAACUCACCUACGGCCCUGCUCGCACCACCAUCGGCCAACCCCAAGGUCCUUCGCACCCAAUCCCGCGCAUUCAUGUCUGAGGAUGGCCUCCCCCAACCCAUCGAAUUCUUCAUCGCUUCCGAUGCUGCCGCCAUCGUUGAGCACACGAAGCGCGUCCUUUACCUCGAAGACGAUGACAUCGCACACAUUACCGAUGGUCAACUCCACAUCCACCGUCUCCGCCGUAAGGAGGAGGGUCACCAAACGCCCAGCCAAAUUGCUACCACCCGUACCAUCGAAACUCUCGAACUGGAAAUCGCGGCCAUUAUGAAGGGCAAGUUCGAUACUUUCAUGCAGAAGGAAAUCUAUGAGCAGCCCGAGUCCGUCGUCAACACCAUGCGUGGUCGUGUCAACUUCGAUACUAGUCGGAUCACCUUGGGUGGUCUCCGUGCUUACCUUCCUAUCAUGCGUCGCUGCAGGCGCAUGGUGUUCAUCGCAUGUGGUACCAGCUACCACUCGUGCAUCGCGACUAGAGCCAUCUUCGAGGAACUCACUGAGAUUCCGGUCAGCAUCGAACUCGCUAGCGAUUUCUUGGAUCGCAAGACACCUAUCUUCCGAGAUGACGUUUGCGUCUUCUUGAGCCAGAGCGGUGAGACUGCUGACACUAUCUUGGCCUUGAGGUACUGUCUGGAGCGUGGCGCUCUUUGCGUUGGUGUUGUCAACACUGUCGGCUCCACCAUCUCCAGAGAGACCCACUGCGGUGUUCACAUCAAUGCCGGACCUGAAGUCGGUGUUGCUUCUACCAAGGUAAGAGUCACGGCAUACACUUCUCAGUAUAUCGCCCUCCUCAUGAUGGCUCUUCAGCUCUCCGAAGAUCGUAUCUCCUUCACAGAACGCCGCAACCAAAUCAUCGCUGGUCUUCACGAGCUCCCUGGCCAGAUCAAGGUCGUCCUUGAGCAAGAUCGCGCUCUCCAGCAGUUGGCUACCACCGUCUUGGCCAACUCUAAGAGUCUGUUGAUCAUGGGUAGAGGUUACCAAUACGCGACUUGCUUAGAAGGUGCCCUCAAGAUCAAGGAAAUCAGUUACAUGCACUCGGAAGGUAUCCUUGCUGGUGAACUGAAGCACGGCCCUCUCGCUUUGGUCGACGAAAACAUGCCGGUUAUCAUCAUCAUGACCCAAGACUCGCUCUACCCCAAAGUGCAAUCUGCAUUCGCCCAGAUCACUGCACGCAAGGCCCAGCCCAUCGUCAUGUGCUGCGAAAACGAUGAGAGCAUCCCCCAGGGAGCGAAGACCGUCCGCGUACCCAAGACUGUCGAUUGUCUCCAAGGCUUGCUGAACGUUAUUCCCCUUCAAUUGCUCAGCUACCAUUUGGCCGUCAAGAACGGCUACGACGUCGACUUCCCGAGGAACUUGGCCAAGUCUGUGACUGUCGAGUAG